GCCAGGAUGGGCCGGAAGGUGACCGUAGCCACCUGCGCGCUCAACCAGUGGGCCCUAGACUUCGAAGGCAAUUUGCAAAGGAUAUUAAAGACUGGAGGAGUGGGCGUGGGGACAGAUAAUGGAUAACGACCACGCUCGUGUGAGUGCCCAGGCCCUCCUCGAAGGGUGGAAGGAACGUUUACAGUGCCUGGGGACACGUGAUGCGUACACCUGGCAUUGAAAUUGCCAAACAGAAGGGAGCAAAGUACAGGCUUGGACCGGAACUGGAAAUAUGCGGCUAUGGAUGCUGGGACCACUACUAUGAGUCGGACACCCUCCUGCAUUCGCUCCAAGUCCUGGCUGCCCUCUUGGAGUCUCCAGUCACCCAGGACAUCAUCUGUGACGUGGGAAUGCCCGUGAUGCACCGGAACGUGCGCUACAACUGCAGGGUGAUAUUUCUCAACAGGAAGAUCCUGCUCAUCAGACCCAAGAUGGCCUUGGCAAACGAAGGGAACUACCGGGAACAGCGCUGGUUCACCCCGUGGUCCAGAAGCCGGCAAACGGAGGAGCACUUCCUCCCUCGGAUGAUCCGGGACCUGACGAAGCAGGAGACCGUGCCCUUCGGGGACGCAGUGCUGGCCACCCAGGACACCUGCAUCGGCAGCGAGAUCUGCGAGGAGCUCUGGAUGCCCCACAGCCUGCACAUCGACAUGGGCCUGGAUGGCGUGGAGAUCUUCGCUAACGCCUCCGGCAGCCACCACAUGCUGCGCAAAGCCCACGCCAGGGUGGACCUGGUGACCAUGGCUACCACCAAGAACGGAGGGAUUUACCUGCUGGCCAACCAGAAGGGCUGUGACGGGGACCGGCUGUACUACGACGGCUGCGCCAUGAUCGCCAUGAACGGCAGCGUGUUUGCCCAGGGGUCCCAGUUCUCCCUGGACGAUGUGGAAGUCCUCACCGCCACGCUGGAUUUGGAGGACGUCAGAAGCUACAGGGCGGAGAGUUCCUCUCGAAACCUAGCGGCCAGCAGGGCGAGCCCCUACCCCCGAGUGAAGGUGGACUUUGCCCUCUCGUGCCACGAGGACCUGCUGGAGCCGCCGUCCGAGCCCGUGGAGUGGAAAUACCACAGCAUUGGCGAGGAGAUCAGCCUCGGACCUGCUUGCUGGCUCUGGGACUUUUUAAGACGCAGCCAACAGGGAGGGUUUUUCCUGCCCCUGAGUGGCGGGGUGGACAGCGCAGCCACUGCCUGCCUCGUCUACUCCAUGUGCCACCAGGUCUGCGAGGCUGUGAAGAACGGAAAUCAGGAGGUGCUGGCGGACGUCCGGGCCGUCAUCAACCAGGCCAGCUACACCCCCGAGGACCCCCGAGAGCUCUGUGGGCGCGUCCUCACGACCUGCUACAUGGCCAGCGAGAACUCCUCCCAGGAGACCAGCGACAGGGCCAGAGACUUGGCCCAGCAGAUCGGAAGCCACCAUAUCAGCCUCGGCAUCGAUCCCGCCGUGAAGGCCGUCCUGGGCAUCUUCAGCCUGGUGACGGGGAGGAGGCCGCUGUUUGCGGCUCACGGGGGGAGCAGCAGGGAGAACCUGGCCCUGCAGAACGUACAGGCUCGGCUGAGGAUGGUCAUCGCCUACCUGUUUGCUCAGCUGAGCCUCUGGUCCCGGGACGCUCGGGGAGGACUCCUGGUGCUCGGGUCCACCAACGUGGACGAGAGCCUCCUGGGCUACCUGACCAAGUACGACUGCUCCAGCGCAGACAUCAACCCCAUCGGCGGGAUCAGCAAGACCGACCUGCGCACCUUCAUCCAGUUCUGCCUCCAGCGCUUCCAGCUCCCCGCCCUGCAGCGCAUCCUGGCCACACCACCCACCGCAGAGCUGGAGCCUUUGGCUGACGGACAGGUGUCCCAGACAGAUGAGAAAGACAUGGGCAUGACGUACGCGGAGCUGUCCAUCUUCGGGAGGCUGCGGAAGACGGCCAAGGCCGGGCCCUACAGCAUGUUCUGCAAGCUGCUCCACAUGUGGAGAGACGCCUUCACCCCUCGACAGGUGGCUGACAAAGUGGAACAUUUUUUCUCCAAGUAUUCCACCAACAGACACAAAAUGACCACACUCACACCCGCGUACCACGCCGAGAGCUACAGCCCGGACGACAACAGGUUCGACCUGCGGCCCUUUCUCUACCGCGCCGGCUGGCCCUGGCAGUUCCGGUGCAUAGAAAGCCAGGUGCUCCAGCUGGAGAGGAGGGAGCGGCAGCACCUGGACAGUGCGGACUGACGUCGGCCCCCGCCAGGGACCUUCAGCGGAGCUCAGCUGCCCCCGCCCCUGGCAGGCAGAACAUCAGCAAGUCCUGUUUCACCCACACGUCAGAGGAGAGGGAUCUUUGAAGCCGGUUCCUUAAAAAAAAGUUGAAAUCAAGAGAAUGAUGUGAUUUUUUAACUCACUGUUGAAGCAAACGCUUUCCGUGGCCUCCCUGCCCAUGUGCUUCUGGGGGCCCCCGAGGCCCAUGUGGCCCAGGACAGGGAGGGGACGGGACGGGGGCCUGUCGACCAGUCUGCGAAGUGGCCUUGCCCCCUUUUCUUCCUCUGCCCUCGUUUAUGACUCUCGUCACUGUGUCCCUUCCCCACAGUGGCUCCUCCCCACUCCUUGCUUCCCGGUCACUGCUGUCGUCCCCCUGAGGACCCAACGCUGCAGGGACCUGGGUUUUCCUCUGUUCCCACCCU